CUCUCUUAAAACAAAAAAUUAUCACAACAACAACAACACCAACACCAACAAAGAAGGAAUACAAUAUCUCUCCUCAAAAAUUCUUUCAUUCUUCAAUUCAACUGCUGACUCAAAACCUUCUUGAUCUUCAUUGAAUCAAAAUCUCUUAGGGGAUUAAUUCAAAACUAAGAUCUCUCUCGCAAUACUUAAUUAGCUUGUUAAUUAAGUGUAAUUUAAUCAUGUCAACGUGAUUAGAGAUAUAUGUCAAACUGGGUCAGCUAAAUAAUUUUUAAUGGAGGUGGAAAGAAUGCUACAAUUGUUAUUUUUGAAGCAUAAAGGCCAAAAUUCACGUGUCUCCCUCGUGGGUGGAAAUCAUACCGCUUCCAGGUUUUGUACUCGUUAGCAAUCGUUCUCCCAUCGUUGAUCAGCAAGCUCCAACACCCGUCAACCCCCCACCAUUGUCGCGCUUUCGUGCUUAAAACACCCAUACAUAUAUACAUACCGAAAACAAACUAACAAAAAGAACAUGAACAUGGAGUUACCUUACGUGUACGACAAGCACGAAAAUGUACAUCUAUUACAUGGAAACUCUUCUAGGUUAUUUGUCAUAAUACGAGACUCAGAAUCAAGAGCACUCUUGAAAAUCCUAGCUCAAGCCUUAUUACUUGCCCUCUUAAUCAUGGUAUUAGCUGGAGUUUGUGGAGAAGCCAAUUCUAAAGAGAACAACAACAUUAAGUUGAUCAACCCUAAGGAAAACGACAACGACAACGAGAACAACUUGGUUUUUCAAGAUCUAGUUAAUGAAGGAUUAUGGACAACGAAGGACAAAUCCGUCUUUGUUAGUGACAUCAGAGAACAAUUGGUUCAGGCGUUUACCCUAAUAAUUUCACCAUCCAUUGACAAAGAUAAAAAACACAGUUCAAUACAGAACGAGACAUUCGAUUUCUCUUUCACUGAUAGCUUUCGAGAAGCAAGUUUCCCAGACCGAACCCUAAAGAUAAACGGUGUCAUUGUUGUAAAACUGAGUCGUGACUCGUUCGAGGUACCGUCGAAUUACAAGAUUGUCUAUUUUAGGAAAUUCUCGAAUUCUUCCACAUUUAUUGCAUUGAGGAAGAUGGCCGCGGCAAAUAUUAAUAAUACCUCACGAUCACGAUCAGGCACCAUAGGCGAUUCUUGGGGUGUGCGAGGAAGGAAGUUAUUACAGUUCUUAUCAGAGGAAAAGAAGGCAUUGUUAGGCCACCUAGAGGACGUCCUCCUAGAACCACCGCGCUCGGCCACCGGAAAAUCAAAAACAUACCUAAGAAAAACCAAGUUCCUCCCUGACCUCUUAAACGACUCCCUAGAAGGCUACUCCAGAAGAGUCUACAUCGACGUGGGCGGGCGUGGUCACGGGUCAACCCGGUGGUUCGAACAAAACUACCCGACCCGAAACAAGGAUUUCGACAUGUAUAGGAUCGAGACGGUGCCGGAAACGGAGGUGGAUUCCGACGACGCGUGGGAGGGGCCGCCGACACAGAUGGGGAUUUCCGACUGGUUGUGGCGGAAUGUCAAGGCGGAGGAGUAUGUGGUGAUGAAAGCCGACGCCGAAGUGGUGGAGGAGAUGUUGAAAAGUAAAGCUAUUGCACUUGUGGAUGAGUUGUUUUUGGAGUGUAAGCCGAUUGGGAAAGGUGGGAAUAGUAAAAGGGCAUAUUGGGAAUGUUUGGCUUUGUAUGGAAGGUUGAGGGAUUUUGGUGUUGCUGUUCAUCAAUGGUGGGGAUGAUAAUAAUUAAUAAUUUGAUUAAUUAAUUAAUUAAUUAAUUAAGUUGGUUGAUUGUAAUUAGACAACAAUGUUAUACAUGUAUAUUCAAUUUUUAUCAAUAUUUGUAAUUUAUUUAUUCAAUUCUUUAACCAUUUUUGCGAGUUUAUGUACCCAA